UGAUAUCAAGUAUUGCGUCUUGUCCUGGAGCAAAUACUCAGACCUCAUUGUGAAGCCCUGGGCCGUCGGUGGACCCUUGUUUGAUGUUAAAUGUGACCCGCUCUGUCUUACCUCCAUUCAGUUUCCACAUUCCCUCUGCUUGGGUCACCGAGAUGCCAGCAUGACGUUCAAAGUCUUCCACGUUAAAAGUACUGGGGCCUCAUUAGAAUAUACUGUGGACCAUUCUGCCACCCACGUCAAAUGGCGUGUGAGCUCUCUUUCUCCUGUGGGACCCGUUAUUCAAAGCGAAGAGACGGUAUUCCACCACGGGGCGGUGAUCCUGUACAAAGCCAUCGACCAUAACCCGUCCUUGUCUUUUCGAGUGUACGUAGCAACCAAUAAUGAAUCCUUCAUCAAGGAUAUUUCCAAGUCUGUAAAGCACUCCUCUAAGAAAUUCAUGAAAAUCGACAAGCCUCCGGUUUGCCAGAAGUUGCUGCAGAAUGGGAAGAAGUACAGGCUGAUCAGUGAGCCAGAAGCUGAGAUCACCCCAGAGGAAAUUGAAUUUGUGGAUGGUUCACUUUUAAAAUUGAAAAGUUAUAUUGAAGUGUAUCUGGAGCAACCAGUGGAGUUUAAAUUACUCUUGGUUGAAAUGGAUUCCGAGGAAAUUGUAUGGAAGGCAAAACUGAGAGAGUGUGACUGGGUUCAGCAAAAUCGGAACCAGAACAUUUCAAAAAGCAGCACAAGUGGUAACAGGCGACGAAAAAGGAGUAACAGCAUACCCGAUGAGAUGGUCUAUGAUAAAAGAAUGAAGCAGACUGACAGUUCAGAUGGGGUGAAGACUAAAACCCUGUUAACAGACACUCAGUUGUUUAACCUUGCUGAGAAGCUGGGGAAGGAGUGGUUAAAGAUUGCCAUUGCCAACCUGAAGCUGAAUAUUAGCGAAAUCGAUGCUAUCCGGGAGAAGGAAGACAAUGUUACAAUCAGUAAGUUUAAGAUGCUGAAGAAGUGGCAAGAGAAGGAGCAGAGUAAUGCCACAGCUCAGAAUUUAUGUAACUGCUUAAAAAAUGUUGAUUCAGUUGAAGUCCAAGAUGUGCUGAGAGGCUUCUUACAGGAAACGUGAGGUUUGAAAGAUGAACUGGAAAAGGAAGCCUCAGGAACUUCCGCCUUCAAAGACUGUCUCCGUGGUAAUGAGGCACAGACUUCGGGACCCAGAGCUACACAACCUGUGGAAGCAGCUCCUUUCACAGACCGCUUGCAGCUCACAUUAUUCAGGGGCAAAGGGAAUGUGAAAUAUUUGGAAACCUUGAGGAGGGAAAAAAAGCCUCUAUAAUAUCAAGAAUUUUUUUUUUGUACCUCCCACUCUCACCAUCCCACCCGGCUUCCCCACCCAAACACAUCCACUUAUAAAGGGUGCCUAAAAUGACUCAACAGCAGUCAGGCGAGAAAUGUGGUAAUUUUCCUACUGGAGUCUGUGAACUAUGAAAUUCCUAUCAAGCGUUUGGAACAUUUUUUUUUUAGUAAUUAAGUGGCGGAGUACUUAAAUUGCACCAAUUUCACCUAGCUUUUUUGCCUCGUGUUAUUAAUGAUGAAGAGAGGCUCCUGUUCUUUUAGCUCCCACACAGUCAGACACUCAUGUGCUGCCGGGUCCAAUACGUCUUUUUAUGUGAGGUGUGAUUUCCGUGUCUCACAUUACUAACCAGUCUGGCUGGUGGUCUGUUAGACCAUUAAAUCAAUCAUGUUACCUGGCCCUAGGGUCAUUAGAAAGGAUUAUAAUCCUCUCCCCAUCCGGGCUGGUGCAAACGCUCACAGGUGGUGGCCUCAUCUUAACUGGGGAAGUUCACCUGGAUCCAUCAUCAGAGUCCCUGCAGAUUUCGUCAACCUUCUGAAAUCACCAAACACUGCAUUUCUUGACCUUGACCCUGGAUUGUUUACUUCUGGGAGGGUUGUGGGGGGGCGGGCAGUGCAGGAAUGCCACUUAGAAAUAGCCUUAGUCAGGACCAAGGAACAUUUGUCGUCUCUUCUCGAAGAGGACUUGCCCCAGGGAAUCAUGGGCCAUAUUGGCUCUUGUUAAUGGGUGAAAUCUUUCUUUUUUUUAAUAUGUCUUAAUAUGUAAUAGAUAUUGUCACUCUCCCAGAAUCAUGCGUGUGGUGAUUAACAUUUUGGAUAUGUUUUGUUAACUUAUUUGAAGAAACUAUAAAUUACCAUUAGUCCCCUGUAGACAGUAGCUGGAGAGUAAAUUUGAUCUUAAUGAAUUAAUCAGAGGAACAUACUUUAUAGCUUUGCCUGUGAAGAACAAAUUCAUUUUAUAGGGAAGAACGUAUUGAUAUUACUAAUGAUCAGGGAUCCAGUGGAAUUCAAAUCAGUGUCACUUUAUGAGUUUUUGUUUUUAAUUGUUCUAUAUUUCAGGAAACACAUGGAGUUUUAACAUUCAGAAGUGUAAAAUACUUAAAGGUCUUGAAUUUUUUAAGUGUUUAUUAUUUUUUGUAAGUUGUUUUCCAAAGAAAAUCAUAAUUUCAGAGGUGCUUUGUAUAUAAGCUGGUUUCCUAACAAUUUCCAGCCUUUUUCCUACUGUGGAUAAAGGGAAGAACAAUAAAUCUGCAUCUGUACAGUGCAAA